UGACAACCCUCUCUCUAUAGGGAUAUAGGGAUGGACUGCACAAAACUGACUUAAUCACUGAUGGCAAUGAUGUUGAAGUAUGUGACACUUCUAAAACUCUUGUCUGUGUGUGUAUGUCUUUACCUUCUCUGUGUGCAUACUGUUGAGGUGAAACUGGGCUAAUUCAUGCAGGAUUAUGCAUCAGGCACCUGCGUAGAUUACACAGUAUGUAUGUAAAUAUGGCUCAUCUGGGGCCACUGGAUCGGGCUGCCAGUUUUCACCUCUGUACAUUUCCAGUCAUUUAACGUCUGUGUGUGUGUGUUUAUAUGUGCGUGUGCAUUUCUAGAGCAGCCAUGCUUCACGUCAGGGCUGCUUCCUGUUGAGUUGCGGAAGCCCCUUUGUUUUCUUGUCUGGCUGCGGGCUUCUGUCUCGGCGCUGCUCUUCCUGUUGCAGCACAUUGAGCUUAACUGGAAACUUCUGGAGCUGUUGAAGCUCGUUGCUCUUUCACAUUCAGGGAUGCAGCUUGGUUGUUGUUUUUGUUUGUUGGGUUGUUUUUUGUAUCGAGUUGCAAGUUGCCUUUGUUAUGUAACUAUUGACUCUGUGGUUUGCAUUAGACAGUGUACCUUUGGAGUUUCUUUAAAGGAUGUGUUUUGUUUUUUUGUUGUCAAUUCAACACUUAGAUUAUCAGUUGAAAGAUGAAAAUUAAACCCUGACAUUUUGAUAGCGUCUGCCCUUUGUUAUGAUUUACAAAUACUCUUCCAGAAGAAGUAUCCGAUUACGAAAUAUGACAGAAAGUAUUAUUUUGUUCUGAAUCUUGCAGUAGCAUAAAUACAAUAUGAACAAAACCCUACUGAAGUAUUAAACAUUUUCAUAUGACUAGAGCUUCAUCUAAUUACUGUAACCUCUGCCUGCUUGGUCUUUGCCAUGGAAAACAGAUCCUAAGGUGCACAGAAAGUGUAUUUUGUAAUAUAUUUUUAAAGUAAAUAUGAAGUGAAAGCCAUUGUGGUCAAUCCUUUUUCAAUUGGUUGAUCUGAUAAAUAGCACCACCCAUAGGCAAUUUGGUUUUAAUCAACAACAAAAGACACAAGAUGUCAUAGUCCCGCCUUUCCCCCGUUUGAUUGACAGGUGAUCCAUUAGAACAGUACGGCCAUUCACUUGUCUUCCGUGGUGAUUUUUGAAAGCAUGCAAACUUGUGAUGCUACAGUUUAUUUCCUACUUACAUAGGCGAUUGGUCUUGAUUGGAUAGCACUGCAGAUGUUUCCUAGCAACUGAUUUACACAUUCUUGAAGUCUGCACUAGCUUAGACAUUUGAGUUUAACUAGUUUGAAAUCACCUUGCAGGGCGGACCUAAUAGCUGAUACAGCCCAAUCCUCAAAAGCUUAAAGGUCUGAUUUUCUCCUGUGGUGUCUGUGUGGAGCGUGCCACACACCCACUCCACAACAACGACGGCUUUUGCUUGCAUCUUCCAGUGUUUCUUCUGUCAGCAAGUUCAGCAGAGCUGCAACUCUUCCAGUGCCAGCCCUGACGCCAGCGAGGAGCCCUGCCCCACUGACAUGGUGAAGAUGACCAAGUCUAAGACCUUCCAGGCUUACCUGCCAUCCUGCCACCGCACCUACAGCUGCAUCCACUGCCGGGCACACCUGGCCAACCAUGACGAGCUAAUCUCAAAGUCAUUUCAGGGCAGUCAAGGAAGAGCCUAUCUCUUUAAUUCAGUGGUGAAUGUCGGCUGCGGGCCAGCGGAGGAGCGGGUACUCCUCACAGGUUUACAUGCUGUGGCUGAUAUCUACUGUGAAAACUGUAAAACCACCCUGGGUUGGAAAUAUGAGCAUGCAUUUGAGAGCAGUCAAAAGUACAAAGAGGGAAAGUUCAUCAUCGAGCUGGCUCAUAUGAUCAAGGACAACGGAUGGGAGUGACGCUCCAGCUGCACUAUGUCUCUUUCUGACCUGGGAAUGCUCUUUAUUGAACUGCGUGGAGCGUUGUUCACACACACACACACACACACACACACACACACACACACACCCUUACAAAUAACCCUCCACGAACCUCCACCCCUCGCCUCCUUCACGUGCACACACCCACCUGCUCAUUGUGAAACUGAAUAAAUGACGUAAAAAAACGACGACAAUGAAGUGGGGCAGUUGUUGAAAAAUCACGUCACAGGAGUCCUGUCGUUCCUUUAAAGAUUGUGUGUUCUCCUUCGCAGCUCCGGAGCUUCUGGGUUUGACCCAAGCCCACUCACUCUCACACCCUCUCGCCCCUACCGCACCACGCUUACAAGUGAUUGUGGUGUUAUGGCGACCACUAUGCGAAUGGAGAUGGACUUCACUGAAAGGACAUUUCUUUGUUUUCUUUAUUUCGCCCAUCCAGCGAGAUGAAUGACUUUGAUGACUUUCGUUAUUUUAAUGUCGUUUGCUGUAGUUUUAACUUCUGGGUUUGAUAAGGUUUUGGUUUGAUGGCAGAUGGAUGUUACUGGUUAGCAUUUUAUUUCCCUGUCAAGUCCGUUGUGUUUUGUUUUGUUCAUUCAUGUUUUUUUGGCUUGUUGUAUCUGUGCCCAUAGCUGAGUGUGUUUUUCUUUGCUAAUGUCCAAAUGAGCGAUCAGGGACAGAGGGGAAAGGGAGUUUAUCAUAGUUACAAAUAUGUAGCAGCAUUUGUUUUGUUGUUUUUUUAAGAAAAAAGUGGUUAAGGAUGGGAAUUGCAGUAGUGUGGGAUUUUAUUCCUGGUAAUUUUUUUUCUUUUCAUUUUUACUUCUUUUUUUCCCAUUUUGUGCAUUUUCUUUAUACCACCCCCUCUGGUACUUUUCAACACCCCAAAAGCAUUGAAAGCAGGAAAGCAGCACCUAGUAUUUGUGUGACAGAAAUAGAUUUAUCUAUAUACAUGCAUACAUACACAUAUAUACAUAUACAUAUACACACACACACGCACACACUUAUUAAAUAUAUAUAGAUAUAUAAAUAUUUGUAGUGUUUGGCUAAAUGCGAUUGUGGCUGGUCCCAUUUUGCAGCAGUACCAUAUGUGAAAAAGACAUGAAAAGGAGCAGAAAUAGUUUCUAGACUGAGGAACCUGAAAUCAGUGUCCACAUGUCAUAAAACAUUAGGACAAACUGUCUUAUUCCAUUGUCUAGUUAUUAAACAAUUACAAAAUGAAUACAUAUACACAUACUAUGAUUACAUAUCCAUACAUACUAUGAGAAUGUUUGUAGUACGUAGAUAUUGGAACAUGGAUACUAUAUAUAUAUAUAUACAUAUAUAUAUAUGUGUGUGUGUGUAUAUAUAUAUAUAUAUACACAAACACACACAUAUAUAUAUUUGCUGCCAUGCACAUAUGUAUAUAUGCAUAUGACUGUGUGUGUAUAUGCAUUGUGUAUGUGUGGUCAUACAUUAAACUGUGGCACACUUGAACAAUGCUACUUCGUUUGCACUUUGCAGAGGCCUUUGGUUCAUCUCAGUUUAGAGGCAAAAAGUUUUUUCGCUCUCAUCUGCUUUAUUAAUGGCCUUCUCACAGAUAAAUGAUGGAUUGUUGGAGACGGAAAGAAAGUUAGAGCUGGAUGGUUUGAGGGUUUUUGUUGUUUCUGUUAAGACUGUAGUGCGGUUAACAGCUGUCCAGUAAUUCGGUUUGAUUUUAUUUAAAUUUUAUCAACAAAUUCUGCUUUUCCUCUCAGUUUUUGCUCGAUAUAGACCUCCUUUCAGAGAGAGAAGUGUAGUUACAGAUUCUUUGCUGCUAUGCUAGUAAUCCCUCCAUUUCUUCCCACCUUUGUAGGUAUGUUGCACUUUAUUGCUUCUCAGUCGCUCUCUCUCUUAGAGCAUAUGAACUGUCUCCUCUUGAGCAGCAUCUGUGCUUUGCCUCUAAGCCGUAUGAAUCUUGUGCCUCUUCAAAACAUGAACGGCCUCCCCUUUCUUUUUCCUGUUGUGCAGUGCAUAACUCCGAAAAAUGUCAUGUGAACCGAUGUGUCUUCCCCCUUUCUGGUUCAGAGUGGCCCUCGAAAUAUCGUUCUUCACCAAAUCCUCAUAGAGCUCCCUGUUUUUUUUUUUCUUUGAGCAGAGAGUUGGUAUUCAUACAUGUAUAUUUUCUAUGUUAAGAUUUAGAGGUGCAAAAACAGAUGGAUAUUCAGUAUAUUAUUUCUCAGAUUAAAGCAGAGAGGAAGAGGUUUGGAGAAUGCGGGAUGCCCAGGGCUUGUUGUUUGGCUUUUUAUUGGACAGAUAAAAAGAUGGCAACAGGUCGAGGUGGGGCGGGUGGCACAGGAGAGAUUUAAAAAUCAGCAGUGAUUGAUUACUUUGCCGGCAAGGUCAGUCAGAUCACACGACCUUUAUCCUAAAAACGAUGACAAUGCAAACCCUUAAUAGUUAGCAGUAAUACCUACUUGAAAAUAUAAAGACAUAAACAGCUAAGAUAUUGGCCCGUGUUACAGUUUUUGUACAUACAGUAACAUAUUUAAGGUUUUAUACGUAUUUCUACUGGGUUAGUUGUUUUACUUCCCCAACUUGAAGCACUUUUGUUCACUGUACCUCUGGCUGUGUGUAUCUAUGUGUGUGUGAGUAUGUGUGUGUAUGCGUGCAUGUGUACAUGCAUGCAUGCAUGCACACGAAAGUGAAUGUUUAGUUUCUUUUCCUCAGUUUUAUUUCUCUUUUUCCCUCUUUUUGGUUUGGAAAUGUUUUUAUUUGUCCUUUUGUUUUUUUCUUUCACAGCUGUUUGGUUUCACUGUCUGCUCGAGAGCCAGGUUAGUUUGCUUGGAAGUGAUUUAUCCCCCUUUUUUUUCUGUUAGCUUGUUUAUUUAGCUUGUGUGGUGUGAGCCCGUUAGAGGGCUGGUGUUUAGGUCUCUGCUGAGCCAUGUAGACGUUGAGGGUGAGCUGGAAUCUCCCACCAUGUCACAGGGAGAGCCUUUACCAAGACCCUUUCUCCACCAUAGUCAGUGUCUCCUGUAUAGAGGGCUUUCAGGGGAUGAAACACACUCUAUGGUGGCCAUAUUGGAGGUCCUUAGCUCGGCUGUUGAUAUAAGAUUGUAUUUUUUGAGAACAUUUUUUGAACAAAACUUAACUGUUAAUUCCCUGAUCUAUUUGAUUUAUUAUUUUGAUAAUAAUAGACUGUUAGUGACCUGAACUUAGCUGCUACAUCCCAGUUCUGGGGCUCUCUCUAUUUCAAGACUCCUAAUAGUACAAUUAAGUCUUGUUCUAACUUAAAGAUUCCUUCAAAUGCAGCAUUAAAAAAGCUUUUCAGUCUUGCCAGUGUUAUAUCAAUGGUGCAUUCAAGCAGUUUUUGUCAGUUGCAGUCAGGAUAUAUGGAUAUAUUCACUGAUAUUCAAGGUCCGGUGGUCACCAUUGCUGGUAAACAACUGGUAAACUACAUUUCAGAAACUCCAUUAUCACACGACUUGCCUGAGUUUACUACAAGGUAUUCAUCGCUUCAACAGCCAUUGUCUGGUCUUAAACUUGAAAACUACUGAGACUGAAAGUUUGAUGAUAUCACAUGAUCUUCCUCGGAAAAUGUAGUUACUCAGUAAUGGAAGUGUUUGAACUGUCAUGUUCAAACUUCAGGUUGUGAAUGUAUGCAGCAAUGACAAGUCGGUAACUCUGUCUGCUGGGGAAGAAUAUGUGAACCGUUAUACAAUUGCUUCUUUCCAUUUGACUUUAGAAGAAGUCAAGCAGCGCCUGAAUGUACCAUUGGUUUUAUAUCUGUUAGGCUACAGUCUCAUUUGGAGAGGAUGUGCGGGAGGGGUCUGUCCGUAAGUUUUUGCGAAAGACACACCAAACGUCCUGCGUCCUGCAAACGUUACAGCUCGUGAAUUGGGAUUCAGCUUUUAACUGGUCAGCCUUCACUGUCAGAGAAAAUGGCACUGGUAGCUAAAUUUGGAAACAAUAACAACAAACAACCUCUGUUACCAGACCAUUCACGUGUGAUUUCAUAAUUACCAAAUGGACCCACGGUAGUCCCACUUUCCUCUUAACUUUUACACAAACGCGGCCUGUGUCUCUAAAGGACCUGCAAGAUGGCGCCAGCAGUGGCAGCUGGGAGAUUUGUGACCCAACUGCCGAGCCUCUGUACCCUCCCUCCAGUCAGUCAAGUUAAACCCACAAAAAGCAGUUGCCAGUGUCACCACCGGUGUGUACCAAAUAAGAACUAGGUUCUACUGAAUGCAUCAGUGUCAUGUGUCAGUGGGUAAGAUGGAAGCCAGAGCUCGUGUUUGAGUGUCUCCUGGAGAUUCAACUGCUAUACCAAAAUUCUAGAGGAGAAAUCCUGUCACUUAUGACAUUUCUUUCUUUCUGUAGAAUGUUUUGAUUCUCUGAACGUAACAGCGUCAAAGCAGCCUGGAUGAAAAAUGUAGAUAUUUGCUGCUGAAAACUGUUUACUUUUUAUUGUUAUUUUGUUUUAUUGUGACACUGGCUACCGCGUUUUUGAGCUUUGUACUGUCUAAUAUGUAUCUGAAAGGAUGUUGAUCAAAGGCAAGAUGGGUAUACAGGGGAAAAGACUGUACAAGUUCUUUUCUUAGGACUGUUAAAUUACAGUUUAAGGUCUAAAGCAUGUUGUAUUUAUAAUGGCUAUAUGUCGUGCCUGUUUUAUUAUUAUUUUUUCCUAAAUUUAAAAUCAAAAAUAUUAUAUGCUUUUUAUUUGACUACAUUGCUUUGCAUUCUGUCUUAGUAAAGCCAUGUCACAUCUGUUUUCACUCUAAUGUAAACUAUCAGAUAUCACAAUAAAUUUUCAAUGGCAUUAAGUUGUGGAUUGUGGAAA